CCUAAUUAUAUGGGUAAACUGUCUUUUUGCGAAGAACCUUGAAGAGACGCUUGUCUUAAGAUAUGGCAUCCAAUAGCAUAGGUGGCUAUGAUCUGAACUGGUUGGAGGAUCCUCCUGAUGACCUCAAGUGUCUCAUCUGCCUCUGUGUGGCCAGGGACCCUCACCAACAUCCUGGAGAUACUACCAACGAAUGUGGCAAAAUAUUCUGUCAUAGCUGCAUCACUGAAAUGAAUAAAAAGAAUGAGACGACUUGCCCAAACUGUCGGAAGAACCUCACUGACUUCAAAGAUGCAAAAAGUACUCGGCAAAUCAGGUCCCUCAAGGUGAAGUGUGACAACCAAAAGAAUGGCUGUGGGUGGACGGGGGAACUGGGAGAUCUGUACGCACAUCUUGAGGGUCCUAAUCAUCGAUCCAGGUGUGACUUUGAACCUGUGCCCUGCAAGUAUGCCAGAGUCGGAUGUGAAGAGAAACCUCUACGCAAAGACCUCUCGAAGCAUGAAGAAGAUGUCCAACUUCACUUCCAAGUGACAACCGAAAAAGUUCUAGAGCUUACUAAAACGAACUCUCAUCUGCUUAAAUUAACUAGUACGGUUCCUUGUACAAUCAAACUACCUAAUUAUCGAAAACUAAACAGUGACAAAAAUCUAUUUUACAGUCCUCCAUUCUACACCUCGUACACUGGCUAUAAAAUGUGCUUGAUAGUUAAUGCCAAUGGAUGGGGUCCUGGUGAGGGCACUCAUGUUUCAGUGUUUGCCCAUCUCAUGAAGGGAGACAAUGAUGACUCUCUGUCCUGGCCGUUCACUGGGACGGUCACAGUCCAGCUACUCAACCAACUGGAGGACAACAACCAUCACCAUAUUAUGAUGUUUACAUUCCCAGCAGAAAGUAAGAGCAGUCAGAGAGUGGUAGAUGUUGAGAGAGCACCAUGUGGAGGGGGCUACCAUACAUUCAUCUCCCACGCUGACCUCGAUUACAAUGCUGACCAGAACAUUCAGUACCUCAAAGAUGACACUCUUGUGUUCAAGGUAUCUUUAACCGACCACAAGCCAUGGCUGAACUGACAAAACCCACGAGUGCAAGCAAGUAGAUACUGUACCCAUACCACAUACAUGCAUGUACAUGAUUAAUUUGUAUACAUGUAUAUGCGCGUGCAUGUAUAUAUCUUGGGGUUAGCCGACCUUUCUACGUCUGUCCAGAAUGAUAUUGUUUGAAUUUGUUUUGUUGAAAAGUUUUAAGAUUGAAGAAACUAAUUG